GAUUGGCUGUUCCUGUCUUCCCAACCAGCAGGCCGGCGGUGUUGGCCCUGACUCACAAGCACGGAUAGGCAUGCAUUUGUAAAAACCUUUCGUUAGCGUGUGUCCCUGGGCUUGUCGUUAACUACCCUCCAGGAAGGGGUAAAAUACAGCAAACGCGGUUUCUCCUGAGUUUUCUUUUGGGGGUGAGGGGAGGGGCUUGCUGUAACUCACUAAGCUCACUACAGCCGUGCCCGGCGCUCUUUACGUCAAAGUUCAUUCAUUGCGCAAGAAAACAGGACUCCGGAGGCAGGGCUGGCUGGUUGGCAUAGGAGGAGUCCGACGUGCAUCUCUGUAGAAGACGAGAGGAAAGCCCCACGAAGGCGAGCCUGCUUCCCCGCAGAAGAAGCCGCGGCGACAUGGACCAGGACUUCUCCAGCACGGGCGACGCGGAGCUGGACGCCGCGAUCAAGCAAUGGCUGCGGUUCGACAAGAACCCGAAGACGUCGGAGGCGGUGCGGAGGCUGGCGUCCGAGGGCGACCUGGAGGAGCUGCGCGCCUGCUUCGGCUCCCGCAUGGAGUUCGGCACCGCCGGCCUGCGGGCCGCCAUGGGGGCGGGAGUCUCCCGCAUGAACGACCUCACCAUCGUCCAGACCACUCAGGGCUUCUGCAGUUACCUGGAGAAGAGCUUCCCAGACCUGAAGAGCAGGGGGGUGGUGGUCGGGUUCGACGCGCGGGCGCAUCCCCCCAGCGGAGGCAGCAGCCGAAGGUUUGCUAACUUAGCUGCUACAGUUUUCUUAAGCCGUGGGGUUCCAGUGUACCUCUUUUCGGACAUCACACCUACGCCUUUUGUGCCGUAUGCUGUGUCUCACCUGAAACUGUGUGCUGGGAUUAUGGUGACUGCUUCGCACAACCCCAAACAGGACAAUGGCUACAAGGUCUACUGGGACAAUGGGGCUCAGAUCAUAUCACCCCAUGACAAAGGGAUCUCUGGUGCGAUCGAGGAGAACCUGGAGCCCUGGCCACAAGUGUGGGAUGAGUCUGUGCUGAAGGGCAGCCCUCUGCUGAAGGAUCCAUAUGCUGACAUCAACAGGGACUAUUUCCAGGACAUCCAGAAACACUGCUUCCACAGGGACACAAACAAGGACUCCAAGGUGAAGUUUGUCCACACGUCGGUGCACGGGGUCGGACACAAGUUUGUCCAGUCAGCCUUCAGGGCGUUCGGCCUGACCCCCCCGUUUGCAGUCCCCGAGCAGAAAGACCCCGACCCCGAGUUCACCACCGUCAAAUACCCCAACCCGGAGGAAGGAGAGGGUGUGCUGACCCUAUCGUUUGCCUUGGCUGACAAAACGGGAGCAACUGUGGUUCUGGCUAACGAUCCUGAUGCCGAUCGGCUUGCCGUAGCUGAGAAGCAGCAGAGCGGGGAGUGGAGAGUGUUCUCGGGAAACGAGCUGGGAGCCCUGCUGGGCUGGUGGACCUUCAGCUGCUGGAAGCAGCGGACCGCUGACCCGGGCGCCGUGAAGGACGUCUACAUGCUGGCCAGCACCGUGUCCUCGAAAAUCCUCAGGGCCAUCGCGCUCAAGGAGGGCUUCCACUUCGAGGAAACAUUAACUGGAUUUAAAUGGAUGGGAAACAGAGCAAAGCAGCUUCUGGACCAGGGGAAGACGGUUCUCUUUGCUUUCGAAGAGGCGAUAGGGUACAUGUGCAGCCCGGCUGUUCUUGACAAAGAUGGCGUCAGUGCUGCUGCCAUUAUGGCUGAGUUCACCUGCUGUAUGGCUUCUAAAAACCUGACCCUAUCCCAGCAACUAAAGGCAAUCUAUGAAGAGUAUGGCUAUCACAUUUCAGAAAAUUCCUACUUCAUCUGCCAUGACGCAGACACGAUCAAAGCGUUAUUUGAAAGGCUGCGCAAUUAUGAAGGAGAGGGCACUUACCCCCAGACAUGUGGAAAGUUCAAAGUGACUGGAGUGAGAGAUCUAACGACUGGGUACGACAGCAGCCAGCUGGACAAGAAAGCUGUGCUUCCUACCAGUAAAAGCAGCCAGAUGAUAACAUUUACCUUCUCUAAUGGGGGAGUCGCUACAAUGAGGACCAGCGGAACAGAACCCAAGAUCAAGUACUACACAGAGUUGUGUGCUCCUCCGGGGAACAGCGACACGGAGCAGCUGAAAAAGGAGCUCAACGGCCUGGUGAACGCGAUGGUGGAGCACUUUUUUGAACCAAAGAAGAACAAGCUCCAGCCUCGGCCGGAAUAAAGUACUGUGAUUCCACAGAGCCGCAAAACAAGCCUUAACAGAUAUUCCUUUGAAAUGGUUUUAAGUCUUUUAAACACUGUGCACACUGUCGCGUACCUACUUAAACAUACACACAGCUAACAUUGCCAUAGUCUGACCAUAAUAGUUAGUACUUUCUCCCUUCACUUAAAAAUAAAAUGUUCAUUUUUAACAUACAGUAAAACUACAGAAGUAAUAUGGAAGCAUUUUGAAGAAUAUUCUUCUGUACUUGUGCUAUAAAACAUUAUAUUCAAAACUUGCUGAAGCAAAAUAAGGGAAUAGUUAUACUUUUAUUAAUAUUACUGUUGGUAGUAAUGUAAAUCAAGUUUCACAGGCAUUCUUCAAGGGCAGUUUUUUUGUGUUCUCCAUAAAGUCAUUGCACACAUGGAGCACUGAACAAAGGCAUUAUAAAGAAUAGUUCAUCUAUGUUUGUUUCAAAUAUCCAGAGCAAUUUCUACAUCACAAAGGCGGGAACAUCCUUCAGAACCGUUAAGAACAAUUUCCAAUUUCUUGCUGCACAGAUUCUAGUUGUCUCACAUCUCAGCUCUGCUUGUUUGUAUCUUCCUGGCAGCCCUUGUCAGGAACUUCCACCCCAUCUCAGUUAUUUUGUCCGUGUCUUUAAUUCAUUUGAAAAAUUUAGGACUUUGGUCCAGGCUUGAAAGGUGUCGGAGCUACCGAAGCAGAAUAUCGUAAAGCACUAAUUGUAAAACCCUGGAACAAAUGUUGUCACUUUUAGACCAGAAUUAGAUCCAUUUAGUAAAUUGAAAGCGAAUGGUUGGAAUUAAAAUCAGAAGGCCCUGCAGCCUCUCAGAAAUGGAUUUUGAUUAACCUCAGCUCAACCUGAAGUCCAUGAUUUCAUUACUUGUAGUACCUUGUAGUCCGAGAUUCUCAAACAGGUUUUCCUGUCCUGGCUGCUGGGCCUCUUCUUAAAGAUUACUUAAGCACAGGAAUUGCUUAAUUGACCAGUAAUUAGUAAAUAUUCCCAGCCUUCAGAAACAGGUGAUAUGGGUCAAUUUAUUUAAGACUUAACUGUAUUGGGGUUAUGGAGAACUGUAAUUAGAAUUUAAGGAAAGGGUAAUUAGAAAUUAAGGGAAUCCCUUCCUCCCAAAAAGGGCUUUAUGCUUGUCACCAUCAAGCAUGCUGUGUUAGAUGGAGCGAUGGCUUUGUGGCUAGGGAUCUGUGCCUGUGGCUGUAAGGUUGCUGGUUCAAAUCCCGCGGCUGGCAGAGGAAUUCUACUCCGUUGGGCCCC